ACUUCUGGAGUCCGCGAAGUGCCCGACGCCGCCGCUGCCGCUGUGUCCGCCGCGUUCCCCGGGCCCAGGCGAUGGAGAACGGAGCGGUGUACAGCCCCACCACGGAGGAGGACCCGGACCCCGCCAGAGGGCCCCGGGGCGGCCUGGCUGCCUACUUCUUCCUGGGCCGGCUCCCUUUGCACCGGCGCGUUCUCAAGGGCUCGCAGCUGCUGCUGUCUUUGCUGGCCUUCGUCUGUGAAGAGGUCGUGUCGCAGUGCACCCUGUGCGGGGGCCUUUACUUUUUUGAGUUUGUGAGCUGCAGCGCCUUCCUUCUCAGCCUGCUCAUACUGAUUGUGUACUGCACUCCGGUUUAUGAGCGAGUGGAUGCCGCCAAAGUCAGGUCAUCG